ACACACACACUGUGCCUCCCUGUGUCUUGCUUGAACUUAAAUCGCGUCUCAGGAGCAGAUCCUGAACUGACAGACAAAUUACAAGCUCAGGACUCACCACAAAAGACAUCCUGUCUAGUCCUGUCUAUUUCCUUUUUUUGUUUUUGUUUAUUUAUUUAUUUUUCAUUUCUUUUUUUAUAUCAGAGACCGCGAUCGCAGGAAUAAGAGUGUGAAGACCGCUGAGCCGCUGAAUGAGGAAUGUGUGGAGCUCAUUUAUGGACAGUCAAACCAGAGACUGAGUUGUAGGAGUGUGUGUCGGUGUGUACGUCGGUCGGUGUGUGAUCUCGGCGCUUCACGCCUCACGGCACGAUGAGAGGAAUGAAGACAGAGACGGUUUCACACGUAAUGAGAGAAUCCGUGUGAGAUUAGCGCUCUUGUUUCUUCUCACUCAGAAGCGAGACACAGGAGAAAGGUCCGCUUGGGCUUUUGCUUUUGCUUGAUUUUGCACUAAAGUGUGUGUGAGGGAGAGGGAGAGGGAGAAAGAGAGGAAUUUUGGAUUGUCGUGAUCACACUGCGUGGCCCGGGUCAGGAUGCAGGUGUCGUUCGUGUGCACGGACCACCGCUCGAUGAGCCGCAGCACGGAUGAGCGCCUGAACCGGCAGAACGCCAGCAGCCCAAACGCCGGUACACGCAGCAAGUUCAGAGCCGUUGCCAUGGUGGCACGCAGCCUCGGGCAACUGUCCGUCCAGAGCGUGCCGUCCUCCAGCGACCAGAGCAUGAGGACCGGCAUGAAGUAUAGAAAUCUCGGCAAGUCUGGAUUGAGGGUGUCGUGCCUCGGGUUAGGAACAUGGGUGACGUUUGGAGGUCAGAUCACAGACGAGAUGGCCGAACAGCUGAUGACUCUGGCGUACGAGAACGGGAUCAAUCUGUUCGACACGGCUGAGGUCUACGCUGCAGGAAAGGCCGAGGUAGUGCUGGGUAACAUCAUAAAGAAGAAAGGAUGGAGACGCUCCAGUUUAGUGAUCACUACAAAAAUAUUCUGGGGCGGAAAGGCAGAGACUGAAAGAGGACUUUCCAGGAAGCACAUAAUAGAAGGUUUAAAAGCGUCACUGGAGAGACUGCAGUUAGACUACGUAGACGUGGUGUUCGCUAACAGACCCGACCCCAACACACCCAUGGAAGAGACGGUGCGAGCGAUGACGCACGUGAUCAAUCAGGGAAUGGCGAUGUACUGGGGCACGUCCCGCUGGAGUCCCAUGGAGAUAAUGGAAGCGUACUCUGUGGCACGGCAGUUUAACCAGAUCCCCCCCAUCUGUGAGCAGGCCGAGUAUCACAUGUUCCAGAGAGAGAAGGUUGAAGUGCAGCUGCCCGAGCUCUUUCAUAAGAUCGGUGUAGGGGCAAUGACGUGGUCCCCACUGGCCUGUGGGAUCAUCUCAGGGAAAUACGACAGCGGUGUUCCUCCAUACUCUCGCGCCUCUCUCAAGGGCUACCAGUGGUUGAAGGACAAGAUCUUGAGCGAGGAGGGCCGGCGUCAGCAGACGAAGCUGAAAGAGCUGCAGGCCAUCGCCGAGCGGCUGGGGUGCACGCUGCCACAGCUCGCCAUCGCGUGGUGCCUAAGGAAUGAAGGAGUCAGCUCUGUGCUCUUAGGGGCCUCCAACACGGACCAGCUCCUGGAGAAUAUAGGCGCGAUACAGGUCCUUCCGAAGUUGUCGUCCUCCAUCGUGCACGAGGUGGACAGCAUACUGGGGAACAAGCCCUACAGUAAAAAGGACUAUCGCUCAUAGUGUGUGUGUGUGUGUGUGUGUGUGUGUGUGUGUGUGUGUGUGUGUGUGUGUGUGGUGCCCAGGGGCCACCCUGCACUGAGCCCUUUGCCUGUUCCUCCGUUUGCUUGAGCUUUUACUGAAUGAGUAAGCAGCGCAUGAGACUGGCAGGUAAACCCCGACCCUGCAGGGGAAGCCUUGUAGACACAUACACGGAAUAAUUCUAAAAACAUCAAAAAAAUUAUACACAUGGGGUUUAAAAAAAAUAAAACAAAAACUAGAGAACGAACAAUAUUAACGAAAAGAGAAAAGGAAAGAGCCAGACCUACCUACCUACCUAGGAGGAUUAUUAAAAUUUAAUAGAAAGCUGAAGUUCAUUUAAAAAAAAAAAAACAAGAUGAAGAAUAAAGGGGCAAAAAUAGCACACGCUUGCUUGGCUAUAGGAAAAAUAUUCGGUUUUCCUCUGCGCAUUGUUUUUUUGAUACUCAAUGCAUAUUUGACCAAAAAUAAAAAAUGUAUGUUAAAAAAAAAAAAAACUAAACUAAAUAAGUAAUGCAGUGCUUAAGUUAAUCUAGGUGAUGAGUUCAUGAUUCGUUGCACAUCUCCCGUAGUCACUCAUGAGGUCUGUCUCUCCGAAAACCAUUCACUGUGUCGUCUGCGUCACGAUUGCACACGCCCCCUUCGCAGAUGAGCCAAUCAGCACUUUAAGAGUCCAUCUGAGGGAGUGGCUAUGGGAGGCACCGGCGUCUAAACAGAAAUACGAGCAUCAUCUUUUCUUUUCUUGUCCUGAAGUACAAUCGCUCCAGAGCAGCAGUAAUCCUAAUGUUCUCAAAUCCAGUUCGCUGUGUUAAUGCAAAAAAAAAAAAAAUCCUAAAACUGGAACUUUUUGUUUUGUGUUACUGCUGAGCCGGCAGACUGUUGAGUGACGUCAUAUAACCCGCCUGCCGAAUACGAGCGUACGUUCAGAAGCGCCACGUCACGUCACGCGUGUUUGAAUGUGUUUAAGUGCAUACGGUUCGAGCGCAUGCGGUCUCUCACUCCUAGACGCCGGACGUUUACGUUUACGAUCCGGCGUCGUUACACGUGGCUAAAGCCAAAGAUAUAUCCCAGCUUCAUCUGUAACGUCUCACUGUAACUCCUCCCCUAUCUGAAACGAACAAAAAAAUCAUUUAAGAGCAUGUACUUCCUGUUAUUUACUUACUCUAUAUCAUAUAUCAUAUAUCUCUCCUCUCGCGUAUAUACUCACUCCGGCCAAGACGCGUAGCCGUAUAGAUAUAAACACCUAUAUAUACGUUUGCACCCUACAAGUUAGGAAUGUCAUUAAGACUUCUUUCUAUACCGUGUACCACAACUCAAUUUGAACUUUCCAAGGAACAAACAACUUUCCCCAAACUGCAUGACAUCCAUUUCCCCCCGGAGCAUGCGCUCUCUCUCUCUUCAGCCAUCAAGUGACUCUGUAGAAAUAUUUCUAUGUACCAUUUUCACUUUUCUUUCUUUUUUUUAUUCAUUUCAUUCGUCGGUCGAUGGAUUUACACAGAUGCUUUAAUUUUUUUUGCCAGAAACCGUCAGUCCGUGUCACACGUGAGUUUAUCGUAAACCAGUUCCAGCGAGUCUCUGCGUUCUGAGUGGACAGGAUUUAUUUUAGAGUCUGGACACAGCUCUGUGUUGGUGUCUCAUUUAUAGCGGCCAGAGGUUUUUUGUUUUUUUAAGUCAAAACUGACCUCCAAUCAGUUUAAAACUAGACGAAAUGGUUGAUAUGGGUUUGGAAUCGAGUCGUAUGAAUAUUAGAUUAGAUUAGAUUUCAGUCCGAUCUUUUAGCUGUGGUUUAGUUUAGUUUUUUGACGGUACACAUCACUGUGUUCCAUGCAGUAGAUCCGGUUCUCCUGCCGUGUGUAGCGGCUGUGUUUUUGACUUUAGGACGUCGUGGAAGCCGAAAUCGUAAAAAAAAAAAUAACAACCAGAUGUUGAUGUAUUUGUUCGAUGUCUCUCUUUUAUUUUAAUUUGUGGAAACGUCUCGUUCGUCCGUGCUUUUUUAUGGCGUCGCCCUGUUUCUGUGUUAGAGAUUCUCUCAGGAAAGAAGGGCAUUACUGUGUGUUUGUCUGCGGUGGGAAAAAUUUAGUACAGCUUUCUGUAGUGUACUAGCGCCACACGUGGUCAUGAGUAGGUACUGCAUUCGGAGAAGAAGAAGAAAAAAAAUGAUAAUGAUUUAAAAAUAAAAAUAAAUAAAACUCAUCAGUGGUACUCGCUUGCUGUCGAUCUUGUUCACUAAGGAAACGUGUUGUGCUUCUUCUCAUCUCCCCAAGAAAAAUGAGACAGGACGGUAUUUUCCCAGAACAGUGCUUUAAAGUUUCGACACGAAACACAUUUUUACGUUCUCGUACCCAGAGUGAGAGCAUGGCCUUCUUUACUUUUUUUUUUUUUUUUUUCCUUUUUUCUUUUUCCUCCUUUAAAAACGCAUCACCCAAAAAUUCACACUUGUGGAUAAGAGGAAGAGCUUUUUAAAGCGUCAUCUGCUAUUUGCUGAGAAUUUAUUUUUUAUGUUUAGUAUUUUCCAGAGCUAAAGGCAAGGUUGUAAAGUAGAACAAAAAGACAAAAAAAGCAGGGGAUUUUAUUUUUUUAGCAUUCUUUGUUGCCCUGAUUUGUUAUUGACAUGUUGAUGAUGAUGAGCAUCUAUUUGCACUGAAUAUGCAUUUUUGAAGAACUCUGUAUAAUGUAUACAAUGGCAAGCUUACAUUUCCACCAGAGUGUGGAAGAGAUACUGUAUGUCCAGACAGAUAUCUGUAUAUAGUUUGACCUUUGUACAUAUAUACAUAUAAAUGGUUGUGAUCACUUUGGCCUUUUAUUUCUCUCUCUCUCUCUUCUCUCUCUCUCUUUUCUUUCUUUUAUUUUUUCAUUGGCAGACAUUGCUAACUGCAUUGUGCUUGAAUUGGAAUUUAGAUAUGUACAGCUUCAGUAUCUAUGAAAUGGAAAUUAUAAAAUAUUAAUGACUGAAAAUCA